GCAACUUGGUCCCGCCCCUGUGGUUGAGGAACGGGUUGUUCAUUUCGCUAAUUGUGGAUAGCGGUUCGGUUAAUUUUUUUUAUUUUUUUGACACUUUGUAAUAAAGUAUGAAGAGCCGACGAGUCGGAUAAGGAAGAGUUGUUGCUGCACCGCAGGAAGGAGGAGUCUCUGAUCCUUUGGGAGGAUGGAGACUCUGAUUCCCACCAUCAACCGGCUGCAGGAGGUCUUUCUCACCGUGGGGACAGAGAUCAUUCAGCUCCCUCAAAUAGUUGUGGUUGGAUCUCAGAGCAGUGGGAAAAGCUCCGUGUUGGAGAGCCUGGUCGGACGAGAUUUCUUGCCCCGGGGAUCAGGAAUAGUCACAAGGCGUCCGCUCGUUUUGCAGCUUAUUAACGUUGCCCCUCUGAAGGAGAGACUAAAACCUGAGAAUGGAAAUGGGAUUAAGCAAAACGCUCAAAACAGCUACCCAGGGAUCAAAGCCGAAGAGUGGGGAACUUUCUUGCACUGCAAGAGUCAGAUCUUCACAGAUUUUCAGGAAAUCCGUAAGGAGAUUGAAGCGGAGACGGCGCGAGGUUCAGGCGACAACAAGGGAAUCAGUCCUGAGCCGAUACAUCUGAAGAUUUUCUCCCCCAACGUUCUUAAUCUUACACUGGUUGAUUUACCAGGAAUCACAAAGGUUCCUGUUGGGGACCAGCCUGAAGACAUUGAGGCUCAAGUGCAAGAGAUGAUCCUGUCCUUCAUCUCCAAUCCAAACUCCCUCAUCCUCGCGGUGUCCCCGGCCAAUUCAGACCUGGCCACCGCUGACGCCCUCAAACUGGCUCGCGAGGUUGAUCCUGAUGGUCGUCGGACGUUGCUGGUGGUCAGCAAACUGGACCUGAUGGAUGCAGGGACAGAUGCUCUAGAGGUCCUCCUGGGUCGAGUCAUUCCCAUCCGGCUCGGGAUCAUCGGCGUGGUUAACAGGAGCCAGCAUGACAUCAACACUCAGAAGUCCCUGCAGGACUCGAUCAAAGACGAGCAGGCUUUUCUGCAACGCCACUACCCCUCGCUCGCCUCCCGUGCCGGUAUGCGCUAUCUGGCCAAAACUCUCAGCAGGCUGCUCAUGCACCACAUCCGGGACUGCCUGCCAGACCUCAAGACCCGAGUGACGGUGCUGAGCGCCCAGUACCAGGCGCAGCUCAACAGCUACGGCCAGCCGGUGGAGGAUCACAGCGCCACCCUGCUGCAGAUCGUCACCAAGUUUGCCAGCGAUUACUGCAACACCAUCGAGGGAACGGCCAGACACAUCCAGACAUCCGAGCUCUGCGGGGGGGCUCGGAUCUGUUACAUAUUCCAUGAGACGUUCGGCCGCACGCUGCAGUCCAUCGACCCGUUGGCAGGACUGACCGACCUGGACAUCCUCACCGCCAUCCGCAACGCCACGGGUCCCAGGCCGGCCCUCUUCGUGCCCGAGGUGUCCUUCGAGUUGCUGGUGAAGAGGCAGAUUAAGCGCCUGGAGGAGCCCAGCCUGCGCUGCGUCGAGCUCGUUCACGAAGAGCUGCAGAGGAUCAUCCAGCACUGCUCCUCCUUCAGCACUCAGGAGCUUCUGCGAUUCCCCAAACUGCACGAUUCCAUUGUGGAGGUUGUGACUGGAUUAUUGAGGAAGCGCUUGCCAAUCACGAACGAAAUGGUGCACAAUUUAGUGGCCAUCGAGCUUGCUUAUAUCAACACAAAACACCCGGACUUUACGGACGCGGCGCAGGUCUCGGCGUCCGUCAACAGUCAGCAGGCAGAGGCCGCCGAUGGAGGGAGGCGGUGGAAGAGCGAGAAGGUUACGGAGGAGAGAACUCCCGCCGCAGAGUUUGGCAGCCCGAGUAAAGGCCAGGCCAUUAACCUCCUUGACUCGGCGAUGCCCGCGUCCCGCAAGCUGAGCGGCAAGGAGCAGAGGGACUGCGAGGUCAUCCAGCGUCUCAUCAAGUGCUACUUCCUCAUCGUUCGCAAAAGCAUCCAAGACAGCGUGCCCAAGACGGUGAUGCAUUUCCUGGUGAACCACGUGAAGGAGCAUCUGCAGAGCGAGCUGGUGGGUCAGCUCUACAAGCAGCCGCUGCUCCAGGAGCUGCUCAUCGAGUCGCAGGAAACCGCGCAGCAGCGGAUCGAGGUCGCUCAGAUGCUGGAGGCUCUUAAAAAAGCCAAUACCAUUAUCUCCGAGAUCCGUGAGACCCAUCUGUGGUAGCCAGAAGAAAGUGGGCUGCUUCAUCAGAGGAUGGCUUUGAGUGAUAUGAGAGUUUACUGUAGAGAGAGAGUCUGUAGCAGCAGCACACAGAGCACACAGGCAUCGGCUCCUUCCUCAUCGGCUUUGUUGUUGACCACCCUGAGGCAGGUUUUUACUGUGAAUGUUGGGUACAGAGGACCAUUAUUCAUACACUCAGGCCAAAAGUCUUGUAAAAGCAACAAAAAAAACAAAAAAAAUGUGGAAAGAAACAGCCAAGAACAAAAUCUUUUAUUUUUUAUUUGUUUUUGCUUCGUGAGACAAGUAUUUGUUGAUUCAAAGGAUUCUGCUAUAAUUGUGAAAUUAUUGUAAACGACGUGUGUGUUAUUUAUGUUUCUUUUUUAUUUAUUAUCGAACGGUGUUGACGCUGUGCAGUUCUCCUUAAGCAGGCUCUAAGGUCGCGUUGGAUCCGCUUCUCUUAACCAGAGACUGGCUGGUUACCGCUAUGAAGGUUUUUUUUUAAUAGUUACAGUUUCAAAACCUGUGACCUUAUCAUAUCAUAUCAUUCCCUUCGUAGUCCUUCUUAUAGAGAAGAAAGAGAAAAUGCUUUUUCUAGGACUGCCCCUCCCCCAACCAUAGUUGUGCACUGCCAUCAGCUGGCUGAACGAAGGAAAUUAAACUUUUCCCACACUUGAAAAGAAAAAAAAAAAGAGUUUUGAUGGUUGGAAAUGUUUCCGGUUAUGCUAAAUGCAGCCCGUCAUGUUGUGUUAACGAAAGCAGCUCCAACCAUCACGUUCAUUAAUGUAACUUUAAAGCUAAAGUAAACAAGCCGUGAGUGGCGGUAAGACAUAAAACUAUUGUAAAGGCAGCUGGACCGUAUGCCGCUCAUGCUGGUUUUAAACUGAUACCAGGAAACCAAACGUUAUGUCUUCAUCUCAGCUGGGGUGGAAGUACGUUACAAAACAAAUAUGUCUGGCAUCGUUGUCUGCAACGCAACAGUGACGACAUUGAGAUUAAUUUUCCAAGAGCAGAGAUUGCUUUUUCAGCCUCCAUAGUUCUGAGAAAUAUCAGCCGCUAUGACUGAGUCUCAUUCCCAUGUCAGCCCAUUUGUGUCGUCUCCUAACAUUCCAGCUUUUAUGUGUUGUCAUUAAGGAAAGUGUUCCCAGCCAUCUAUUUCCCUCAUUGCUUCAGAUAUUGAGAAGGCUGAGUAUGUGAAAACCGAGCGUCAAGUUAGUUCCCAUCACUGAAAUCUCUUUGAAACGACGCAGUUACAGAAGUAGACUUGUCUUCUGGCUUUCUAUGCAGCUUUGUUACGUUUUCCCCGUCCAAUUCCCCGCUGCUGACGUUCUUUCAAACUGUCCUUCAAACCAAUAACUCAGGAUGCAGCUACAUCCUGCAUGCAGCUGUUUUUUUGUUUUUUUGUUUUGCCUUUCACUGUUAGAAACGUGGAUCCAAAAUGACCCAGAUCCUUUUGCUUCCAUGCCGACUUUUCUCUGAAUAUUGUGUAAGACGUCUCAUCUGUUACUUGUUCUCAAGUUUUCAGGUAGUAGUGCAAUCCUCCCUCGGUUUGUAGGCGUCUUAAAAAUGUAACAUGGGGGCCUACUCGGUCUGGGACCGCAUGGGGAAAAUAUCGAUUCUAAAUGUUCCCUCCAUCCAUCCAUCCAUCCAUCUAAAAAGGGCCGAGUGCCACUGGAAAUGUGAGUUGAGGAAAAUGAACUGAGCCCUGAAUCAAGCUGAAAACCUGCUUCUGUGGGACCUUCGAACAGCAGCGCCAUCGACCCGUCCUCCAGUCAGACCUUACGGACACCCCUGUUUACCCUCGCAUGUGUGCAUGCAUGUGCAGAAAGUGUGGAUGAACGUGCGUUUUGUAUUAUUUAAAUGUAUUCCGUCGUGUCGGCUGCUGCCUCUUGAGUUCAUGCCUGCCAAUAUUUGUGAUACGGGUUUGGUCCCAGAAAGACUGAUUAAACUUCAACCAUGGAGACGGUA